AUGACAGUAUUCCGCGAGCCCGAGUCGCCUGCAUCUGCGGCAUCGGCGUCGCCGCGGGCGCAGAGGAAGCACCUGCUGCGGGGCACGGGCUUCUGGCGGGGCACGGUGCCGGGGCUGCUGUUGGUGAUGCCCUACACCGCCAUCCAGUUCGUCGUCAUCCACCGCUUCAAAUCGCUCAUGACCGGCUCGCACCGCACAGGGAAACUGACAUCUCCAGUCUCAUACUCUCCCUUUGUCAUCCCCUCGUGCCUCACAACCUUCCCCUCCCCCUAUCUCUCCUUCCCCCUUUUUCAAGACCCCGGGAAGCCGCAGCUGUCGUUGGACCACAAGCAGCUGCGACCGGAGCUGUCAUUCGUGGGCGGGUCGGUGGCGGGCAUGGCGGCCACGGUGGGGUCGUACCCCUUCGACCUGCUGCGCACCGUGCUCGCCUCACAAGGCGAACCCAAGAGCUCUCCGUUAAUGAGGCAUGGCGGCCACGGUGGGGUGGGGUCGUACCCCUUCGACCUGCUGCGCACCGUGCUGGCUUCCCAGGGCGAACCCAAGGUGUAUGCGGGCAUGAGGGCGGCGUGCAUGGGGAUAGUGAGGGAGCGCGGGGUGAGGGGGCUGUUUGCAGGGCUGCCGCCCACCAUGGUGGAGAUCAUCCCCUACGCCGGCCUGCAGUUCGGCCUCUACGACGCCUUCAAGCGCCACCUCGCUUUUGGCCUCUACGAUGCCUUCAAGCGCCACCUCGCUCACUACAACUGGUCGCGCUCCAAGGCUCGCCACGACCGCCCCGUGUCGCUCGCCCACUCCCACCUGCCCUCCACAGCCCCGUCCACCGCGCCACUCUCCCCGCCGCCAUCACCCUCACCAUCAUCAUCACCAUCACUCUCACCAGCAGCAGCCCCGCCAGCCGUGGCAUCGGCAGUGGAGCGGGCGGCACGGCCUGCCGUGUCAUCGGGGCAGCUGAGUGCAUGGCAGCAGUUCAUGUGUGGGCUGGCAGCGGGCACACUCGCUAAGGUCGCCUGCCACCCACUCGAUGUCAUCAAAAAGCGAUUCCAAGUGAGUGAGAUGCCUUUCCUUGAUCCUGCUGCUAAAAGGCGCCCCAUGCCCUCCCAUGCCCUCCCAUGCCCUCCCAUGCCCCCCCAUGCCCUCCCAUGCCCUCCCAUGCCCUCCCAUGCCCUCCCAUGCCCCCCCAUGCCCUCCCAUGCCCUCCCAUGCCCUCCCAUGCCCUCCCAUGCCCUCCCAUGCAUUCCCAUGCCCUCCCUUUCCCUCCCAUGCCCUCCCAUGUCCUCCCAUGCCCUCCCAUGCCCUCCCAUGCCCUCCCAUGCCCUCCCAUGCCUUUCCACGCCUUCCCAUGCUUCCCCAUGCCUUCUCAUGCCUACAAAUGCCUUUUGA